CCACACAAUAUUCUUCUCAUUCUCUCCACAAACAACAAACAAACCAAUGGGAGAAGCGACGGUGCAAACUGAUUUCCACGUGACCACCAUUAGAAAGCAGCUCAUCACGGCGGCUCUUCCCCUCCAGGACCAUUGGCUCCCUCUCUCAAACCUCGACCUCCUCCUUCCUCCUCUCAACGUCAGCGUUUGCUUCUGCUACAAGAAACCACGUAACAUCGCUACUAAUCUAGUGGCGCCCAAUGAAACCCUCAAGACGGCUUUGGCGGAGACUCUUGUCUCCUACUACGCCUUUGCCGGCGAGAUCGUCACCAAUCCCUCCGGAGAACCGGAGAUUCUCUGCAACAACCGCGGCGUAGAUUUCUUGGAAGCGGGUGCUGACGUGGAGCUCCGAGAGCUUAACCUCUCUGAUCCUGAUGAAAGUAUUGCCAAGCUUGUUCCCAUCAAGAAACAUGGAGUCAUAGCGAUUCAGGUGACUCAACUGAAAUGUGGGAGCAUAGUUGUGGGAUGCACAUUUGAUCAUCGUGUAGCGGAUGCGUAUUCGAUGAACAUGUUCCUUGUCUCAUGGGCCGAGAUGUCUAGAUCCGAUGUACCAAUCUCUUAUGUACCAUCGUUUCGAAGAUCUCUGCUAAACCCUCGACGACCAUUGAUCGUGGAUUCAUCUAUAGACCCGAUGUAUAUGCCUGUCACGUCCUUGCCUCCUCCUCAAGAAACUUUCGAUCCAGACACUAUCCUCGCGAGCCGUCUCUGUUACAUCAAAGCGGAUGCAUUACAAAAGCUUCAAACCCUAGCUAGCGGCUCGAAGCUUACAGUUAAAAGGACGAAACUCGAGUCGUUCAGCGCGUUUCUAUGGAAACUCGUGGCGAACCACGCGGCAAAAGAUCCAGUCCCGAGCAAGAACUCGAAAAUUGGGAUCGUCGUGGACGGAAGGAGGAGACUUAUGGAGCAAAAACACAAUACUUACUUCGGAAACGUUCUUUCAAUCCCGUUUGGUGGGCAGAAAAUCGAUGACUUGAUCAACAAGCCAUUGUCUUGGGUGACAGAAGAGGUUCACAGAUUCUUGGAGAGUUCAGUGACCAAAGAACAUUUCUUGAAUUUGAUCGAUUGGGUUGAGACUCGCCGCCCAACACCUGCGGUUUCAAGAAUCUACAGCAACGGAUCCGACGACGGACCCGCCUUUGUGGUUUCCUCCGGGAGGAGUUUUCCGGUGACUAAAGUGGAUUUUGGGUGGGGCUCGCCGGUUUUUGGAUCUUACCAUUUCCCAUGGGGAGGAAGCGCCGGUUAUGUGAUGCCGAUGCCGAGCUCGGUGAACGAUGGAGACUGGAUGGUUUACUUGCAUCUUACGAAAGGACAGUUGAAGUUCAUUGAGGAAGAAGCUUCUCAUGUGCUUAUACCCAUUGAUAAUGAUUACCUCAAGAUUUAAAACCCUAACCUGUUGGUUAAUGCGUUAUCAAGUAUAGUUAUUAAUGUGUGUGUGACUUCAUAUAUGUCAUAUGUGGUAUUAUGUUUGCGUUACGUCUUUUGAUUUUAAUUAUUGUAUAAUUAUUGUAUAUAUUGUAAGAUAUGUUGCAACCAUAUAAUGUACUGUCUGUC